AUGCAUGGAGUAUUAAAAGUCAAGACAACAGAAGAGAAAGCAAGAGAGCUUAAAGUUAAAGAACUAUUAAAGAUUAAAGAGUAUAAAGAAGUAGUUUCAAAGUUUCAAGAACAUAAAUCAGUAGGAGUACUUGAUCAAAUUGGAUUAGAUAUUUCAAAGACAGUAUUGGAAUGGAACCCUGAAUACUAUACUGUUUGGAAUUAUCGUAGAGAUAUAUUUAAUCAUUUUGACAAUACAUUAGAAAAAGAAAAAGUACAAGAACUUUUAACAAAGGAAAUGAAGUUUAUCGAGGAAUGCAUUCAAAGAUUUACAAAGAGUUAUUGGGUUUGGUUCCAUCGUAAAUGGGUAUCUGUAAGAUUGGAAAAAUGUGAUUGGGCAAGAGAAUUAAAGUUGUGUUACAAAUUACUUGAUUUGGAUUUAAGAAAUUUCCAUUGUUGGAGUUAUAGAAGAUUUGUAGAAGAACGUUCAGGAAUGCCAAUGGAAAAGGAAUUUGGUUAUACAACUGAAAAGAUUGAACAAAACUUUUCAAACUAUUCUGCAUGGCAUCAAAGAUCUUCAUUGAUUCCACAAAUGUAUCCACAACCAGAACAAUUGUUUGAAAAGUUAAAGGAAGAAUUUGAGUGGGUUCGUAAUGCUGUAUUCACAGAACCAAAGGAUCAAAGUUGUUGGAUUUAUCAUAAAUGGUUAGUUGGUACAAUUAAAAAGAUUCCAAAUUGUAAUUAUAAAGAUGUUUUAUUAAGUGAAGUUGAUGAAAUCAAUGGUUUGAUUGAAAUUGAACCAGAUUGUAAAUGGCCAAUCUAUACUCUACUCACAUUAAAGAUGGAACUUGGUGUACAAGAUAAAUCAGAGUUGCAAGAAUUGGUAGACAAAUUAAAAACAAUUGAUCGUGAACGUAUCAAUUAUUAUUUAUCUUUGGAAAAACAAUGGCAAUAA